CGCUCUUCGGGCUGCGCGCUCCCCUCUCGCCGCGCCCGGCGGGACUCUGGAGAGGUCUGCAAACAGCGCAAACAGAGAGACGCACACCGACACGCCGCACGCUCGCACACAUAGAACCCAUCCGCCGUGAAUGAGCGCGCCGCGAAGCACAGUCAGCGAGCGAGCGAGUCGACUUCAACUUCAGUGCGGGCCACACAGCAAUGGCGUCCACGUCCAGCGCGUCCAGCUAAAAGGCGGUGGGUGGUCGGCUGAGAAUGCGAGUGCGAUAUUCGCGACAACGGCGACGCGAUUGCAGUGAUUCUGUGCUGGUUUUACACCACUUUACAUCAGCGAGCAGGACCCCUGCUGCACCUCCUGCCAACAGCGGCCAUCGAAACAUCUACAAAAACCUCCCCCGUGGCUGGUGCUGUAUGAACACAAUCAGCAGGAUAACAUGCUGUAGGAAUAGUAAUGAUCUUCGUCGCGAAGGACAAUGGGCCACCCUUCGACACGCAGGUUUCUAAUACAACGGCACAAAGUGGAUUGUAGAAGAUAAACGCGUUGAAGAAAUCUCAAGGAAUCACCAUCAUCAGCAUGGCGAGGAAGGCGGAAAGCGUGCGGCCGAUCAGCGUCGCCGUGGUCGGCCUCUCCGGCAUGGAAAAGGACAAAGGGCACACGGGUAUUGGUAAAUCAUGCCUGUGUAAUCGCUUCAUGCGCUCGCUGGCGGACGAUUACAAUGUGGAUCACAUCUCCGUGCUCAGCCAGACGGACUUCAGCGGGCGUGUGGUUAACAACGACCAUUUUCUCUGGUGGGGCGAAGUUAUCAAGUCCUCCGAGGAAGGCGUCGAUUAUCAGUUUAGUGUCAUUGAGCAGACUGAGUUUAUUGAUGAUGCUUCAUUCCAACCUUUCAAAGGUGGUAAAAUGGAACCUUAUGUUAAGCGCUGCGCAGCAACGAAGAUCCAAUCCGCUGAGAAACUAAUGUACAUAUGCAAGAAUCAACUUGGUAUCGAAAAAGAAUACGAACAGAAAGUCCUCCCGGAUGGCAAGAUGAACGUCGAUGGAUUUAUCUGCAUUUUUGAUGUGUCAAUCGUGCCGUCACGCGCGUUAGAAAAACAAGUCGAGUUCGUCGCCGCCAUCUUGAAUAACCUAAUCAAAACUAAAAAGCCGAUUGUGGUGGCAACCACGAAGAACGACGACGCUAACGAAUUGUAUCUGCGUGAAGUCGACCGGCUUGUGCAGCGUAAAGAGUACAAAGGUGCUAUUCCCAUCGUGGAAACAUCGGCGCAUGAUAAUGUCAACGUAGAUCUUGCGUUUAUUCUACUCGCACAGAUGAUAGACCGUAGUAAACUACGCGCGAAGCUUGUGACUUACAUGGAAGCAUCACGAGGGCGUAAAGAGUUGAUGGAUGCAGCCAGUGAAGCAUUCCUACGGCUCAUUAGACUACACGUUACUGAUUCGCGAGCGCUGUGGUCGCAAACAGCGAAGAAACUCAACUCGCACAAAGAGUGGAUUUAUUUCGUGCAGUUGUUCGGUAUUGAUGGCACACAGCGUCUGUUUCGACGACAUAUUAAGAAGUUGAAAGAUGAACAAGUGUCGAAGAAGGUCGCGCAUUACAUGGAUUUGCUUCCUGGAGUUUUACAUGAUCUAGUCCCAGAUAUCAAUACAUUUACUGAUAGUGAUUGGCAAUCAGUACAGGAGUACCUGAAAGGCCACCCGUCAUUCUCAGAUUACUUCUUUGAGUGUCCAGAGGAUAUGCCAUGGACUGAAUGUUCAGAUAGUGAAGACAGUCGGAUUCCUUUCGAUGUACUGGAUACCAGUGACGCGGAAACAGUCUUCAAGAAUCACGUCAAUGUUAUGCAGCAGGAGCAGAAGCGAUUAGAGAUGCCAAAAAGAUGGAAGAAGCAAUUUAAACAAUUGUUAGAAGAUACAGGUUAUGUCACACCCGGAAAACACCUUUCAGAAGUACGCGUCUUAUUCAUGGGUCGCGAAUGUUUCGAAGCUUUGUCUGAACAUGAUUGCCAGCAAAUCUACGAUGCGCAUCAACGCGAACUCAUCGAAAACGCCAAGCACAAUUUCCAAGAAUUAUUACUUGAAAACGCUGACUUAUUCUAUCACUUUAAGAGCAUAGCGCCAUCUGGCACCAUCACACAAGAAGACAUUAAAGAAAUCACAGAUGUUCUACAGGAUGACUUCCGGUAUAAGAUGUUGGAUAGACUAGAUCAAGAUCGAAAACUAAUGCUAUUCCAACACUUGGGUUUCGUGCACUGUCCAAUCCGCGAGCAUUGCCCAGCGUUUCCAAACUGCAUGGACGCGUUGAUCGAGCGUAUUCUAGCAACCAAAGCACACCGACCUUCAUCAUGGAGUAGGAGCACACAAUGGCUGCUCAGUUCUGAUAACAAUCAGCUCAAUUUAGUGCUCUUGGGUGCCGAUCAACUCGCCGAGGAACUCGCGGCGAAGAUACGCGCGCAGUGCGAGGAUGACGAGUAUGAAAUCGACUGUCAGUUUUACAGCUUAGAUUAUAGGAUAAUCACCGGCGAUGUUGGCCUGCCGCAUAAUUCAUUCCGCACAGCUGAGUUUGUCCCGCACGGGAGUUUCUGUGUCUACUCCAAUGCGGAAUCAUUCGAAUACAUUCGUGAAAGUUUAGAGAAAACUCUUCUUUCCAACUUGGAACAAGAGGAUAAGUUGCCAUUCCAAGGUUUACCUAUCGUGUUGCUGUUUCUACCGGACGCUUUCCUCGAAGAGAAAGAUAUUCUGAAACUAAAGGAAGAAGGUCAGAGUCUUGCGGAUAGUCUACAAUGUCCGUUUAUGGAUGUUUGCAUGGAGCAGACGAGCGAUGAACAGAUGGUUUCUGAUGCGCUGCAUCAACUUGUGCAGAGUAUUCAUCACCGCGCUGGUUUUCUGAAUAUUUAUCAAUCGGUGUCGAUUGACUGUGAGCCGGAUAUUCGUAUUAUCAUGUGCAUGUUCUGCGGGGAUCCGUUCUCGGUGGAGAAUGUGCUCGCGCCGUUGCUGUCGCAUCAAUGUUGUUUUCUGUCAGCUGAGCGCAGUAUUAUCCUCGAGACGUAUCUGGGGGAUUCCAAGAGGAAGGUCGAAGUGAUUAUCUCAUCAUUCCAUGGGGCGAAUGCAUUCCGUGAUGAAUUAGUACACGGAUUUAUUCUGGUUUAUUCUGCAAAACGAAAAGCAUCACUUGCUACACUUAAUGCAUUCUCGAUGAACAUUCCAAACCUUCCGAUACAAAUCAUGGCCGUCACUGAAGGAUCCGUCAACGCGUUUUAUAACAACGAUUUGACUCACAUGCUGCUGCAGGAGGGUAAUUGUACAGCGGAUCGAUUACACGCGCAUUUUAUCACUUCCAAUGCGUCUUGUCAACAAAAAACUGCGUUUUAUACUCCGUUUUUCAAAGAAGUAUGGGAUAAAAAGCCCGAAAUUGAACAGGCUUUCAAUAUGGAGGAACCAGCGGCCAUGGUGGAUAGUGGUGAAGGUACUUUGGAACAUCCUAGGACUCAUCGUGCGCAUGGUCAUCCAUUACCACCGCCAAGACAUGAAAGUUACCAUUUGAAAUUAAAUGACGGAAGUGGUAGUGAAAACUAUGAGCAUUUGCCCGACCUCAAUGGCCCUGAGGAAAGCGACCACAGCGAUAAAUACUCGCAGAUCUACAUGUACGGCAGCGAAAACGGUGAUAUUAUGUCAAUGAAAAAGCGCCAUUUGCAUUCAGGUUUCCAAGUGUACCCACCACCCACAACGCCGCCGGAACCAGCACCACCUGAUCACCUAAUGAAUUCACGUUCGAAGCGCGGCCCGAUCCUCUCCGCGUCGCAAACAAGUUUAGACGAGAUCACCUCCGACAUUAGCGGAUCGCGCGAAUCCCUGGCCACACACGAUUCAGGUGAUUUAUGGCAUGGUGAUGAGUCGCGGGUGCCGUUGACCACCGGUUGGAAUAAUUACGGCGGGCAUGCGUUUACAACUGGACGCCGCCAUGUUUCCGCGCCGAAGGCACGACCCAAAGGUGUCUCGCAAACACUCAAGCAACCAGGAAAGUUGAACCUCAAGAACUUUUCGGUCGUCACCGAGGCGAUCGCGCGCAUGAACGUCAGUGGUAAGGACAAACGUAGCACUAAGUAUGGCAAUGCCCCUUUAGCAUCGGCGGAAGUUGUAGACCUUGGAGCCGAGUACGCGCAAGUGAAGGACAUCAUGUAUCCUCACGGCGGGCCGGAGGCUGAGUAUAUGUACACGCUGGUGCAGGACGCCGUCGCUGGCGGCAAGAGUAAACUGCGGCAGCGACGCGAAAAGGGCCAACCUUCCUACUCCGAGACGGACAGCGAGUGGAGCAGCUUGGAGCGGCGGCAGAGGGCCAGCGAGGUGCAUUCGAAGGUUGCGCGCAAGACUGGCACGCACAAACGUACCAGAAAGAAGCGGACUGCUAUUCCUGUGCAGCCACCGAGGGUACCACAACUUGGUGGUGGAUUCACGCUACCAUCCGCACAUUCCGCACCGUCUACUGAGUUAGACACUGACAAAAUGAACAUUCCGAGUGAAUCAAAUUCCGAUUCGUCUGAGGCGAGUGAUCCGGAACCGUUUGUGGGUACUGCGGAUCGUCUGCGAUUCCAGAAGCGCUCGCUAAGUCUAAAGAAACGCAUGCCUAUCCCGGCUGUGGUGCCAUUGCCUCCCGAGUUACACAAUACGCACAACAUGAAUAUUCAACUCAAUUCUCCGGAUAUGUAUGCCGGGAAAGUGAACUCUUACGGGCUUAUUCAUGACGAUGAGAGCAGUCUGGAUGUUUCAUCACCACGUGACAACCAUUCACCGAUGCUGUUAAAGGAUGAAAAAUCUAUCCGUAAACGUGAGAAGCAGAAAGCCAAGGACGAUUCAAAGCUGGAGAAGCGUCGCCUUAAGGAAGAGAAGCUGCGUAAAGUCGCCGAGAAAGAAAAAGAACGCGACAAGAAAAAGGCGAGUAAGCUGAAACAAAAGUCAGGCUCGUCCAGCAGCAACGCGCCAUCGAAGCUGGCCGAUUUUAUACAGUCGGACGCGAAUUUCGUGCCAUUAUUCCUAGAAAAAUGUGUCAAAUUUAUUGAGAAUGAGGGGCUUGAUUCCGAGGGCAUUUAUCGAGUGCCUGGAAAUCGGGCGCAUGUGGAUUUAUUGUUCCAGAAGUUUGAAGAAGAUCCUAAUGUUGAUAUUGAACAACUGGAUGUACCGGUGAACGCUGUGGCGACUGCAUUGAAAGAUUUCGUCUCAAAACGUCUGCCGCCGAUUUUCGAAGAGGAUGUGAUGCUGGAAUUAGAAGAUAUCGCCGGCACACGUAUCAAACCAAUGGCGACAACGACCGGAAACAGUGAAUUCAAGUCGGAUCGCAGCUGUCGUGUGCUUGCUUUACGUCGCAUGCUGGAAAAACUCCCACCGAUCAAUUUCCAAGUGCUGAAAUUUGUUUUCCAGCACUUUGUCAAGGUGGCUGAGAAUUCCAAGUUAAACAGCAUGGACAGCAAAAAUUUGGCGAUCUGUUGGUGGCCUACCUUGCUACCUAUCGAGUUCAGCGACAUGGGACGUUUCGAACAAAUGCGGCCGUAUUUGGAGGACAUUGUGCAGACGAUGAUCGAUCAGUACCCAUUCCUUUUCUGCGGCAAAGAAGCGGUUGUGAUGGUCUGAGGCCGGCCGGCGCCCGACGCGCACGCAUCCAUCGCCACGCUGGCCUCGUUCCUGUCGCUCGCGCAGCCAUAGAAAAACCUCCCCAUGGGUUGUUUGCGUCGUGUCGCUGUGUCGAAGUCGAAGCUUUAACGGUAUUUUUUUAGAAACCUUCAUCUUCUUUAUUGUGAUAUAGUACGAGUACAGUCGGAGGGAUCGAGUCAGCGACUCACAAUUCGUAUUUUUGCAAUCCGCGACGGCAGAAACACACACAAAGAAAAAAACCAAUGCGCAAUGAGUGCGAUGGACGAAUGCAUGUAUGCUUUUUACGAACAAUCCGUGUUUUCGAUGUUAAGAAGUAAUUUUUAAGCGUGGCGAGAGACGAUGAUCAAAAAAAAAGGAAGUUUCAUUCUCAAAUUCGUCUCGAGUCGUCAAUGUGUGCCCCCUGUUAGUGUAGUCACUCUCAAUGUUGGAUCCGUUCAUCAGUUUGUUGCCCUCCUGUUCGUUCUAUCAACGAGUUAAUCUAAUGUAAGCCGGUUUCUAUCAUUCCAUCAUUCACGUUGCGAAUGAGCAAAUCACAUUGCCAUACAAUUGUUUUUUUUAUUCGAAGUGACUUUCAAUCAUGUUCCGUUCAAUGUUAUCCGAUUCGUAAUCGUAGGAUACAAAAGUAUUUUCUCCAUUUUGCAUGCAGUACGCAGUAUAAUUGACACUGGCGUGUCACAAAACAGUAUCAAAAGAUGAGCAGGCAGACGAAGGUGGAUGUUUAAUAAUAUGAAAUAAUGAAAAAGGAAACUAGGUGAUAAUAAGUCUGAUGUGAUGCGUUAAUUAAUUCUUUUUCUAUACUAAUGGUAAUACUAUGCACGUGUCAACAAAAAUUUUCUCUAGUCUGAGUGUUUUGUUGCACUCUCAGGACUUUGAUAAUUAUUAGGAUUACUGACAAGUAAUUUUCGAUUCAAGUCAUAUGCAGAAAGUAAUAUAUAAAGAAAACUAACGUUUAAGUAAGAUAACAGCCCUCUAACUAAAAAAGGGAUAAACACUAAUGCAUUUAAGAGGAACAUAUAACAUCAAAAAUGAACAACUAACAACAACAAAACGAAGAUGAUGGUAUAACAAGUGCGAACAAGUGAUAAAUUUUAAUGUAUUUUAUCGUGGAGAAUUACUCGAAUGAUAUUUAAGUGAAAAGUAUUAAUUUAUAUGUUUAUUUUUGUGCAAUUUGCGGCGGCAGUGGAAAGUUAUUUAUUUAGCGUAUUAUGGAAUUGAAAAUGAUGAUGCGAAAGAAUUAGGUACACCGAAGCGCGGAACACGAAAACAAUAAUAUUAUACACUCGGCUUUUCACUCCUCCAAGAACAACAAACAAUUACAAAUUGCAGUUCUAUACAAAAUUUCAACACAAGAAAAAUGCUUGAACCAGCUUGGUGGGCCUCGGCGUUUGUACAUACCAUACGUUUGUGUCUGCUAUAUUUCAUUCCACGAACCUGGGUUCGAUUGUUUUCCGCGAUUGAUGUCUCGAUUAGGAAGGCCGGGGUCCAGCCGACAUGAUGUGUUUCGUAGGCGAUAAAAACAAAAAUAUUUUACAUGUAACAUAUGUGGAUAUACAAGUAGAUUAUGUUCGGAGUCGGGCGAGCGUGUGGAAGAUGGCCGACCGCUCGGCUCUACUGCAAUUCGCAAGCGUCGCUGAGAAAAUAUGGUGGAAAAACGAUGCUCUGUUUUUUGUAACGAAAAGAUUUGUAUCAAUAUUUAUCAACUGCCUAAUAAUAAUUGUAUGCUAGUACAA